AUGUCCAAGCCCUUGCCCCGGAGCAGUGGUGGCUGCUGGACGUGCCGCAUCCGCCACAGAAAGUGUGAUGAGUCUUUACCAGAAUGUAAAGAAUGCACUGAUCGCCAUAUCACGUGUCAUGGAUACGGGCCUGAGCCAGAAUGGGCAAAAGAUCCAGCUAGUCUUCGGGAAGAAUUACAGCGCAUCAAGCAUGCUGUGAAACAGAACUUCCGUCAAACCCGAAAGUUGCAGGCUGCACGUAGCCCACAGAGGGCCUCAACAUCGUCUCUCACGGGGCUCGAUGAUCCCAGCUCAUCAUCUUCUUCUUCAAAAGAUUCUGAGUUCAGAGAAGCAGAACUUCUCAUGCAUUAUCUCGAUUACAUAUUUCCGAUCCAGUAUGCGUAUUAUGUCGACAACCCAGCAACGGGAGGACGAGGGUGGCUCUUCUGGCUCCUGUCGAAACAAGGGCCCUUGCGGCAAGCUGCUUUUACACUAUCUGCGCUCCACCAGCACAGCACCUCAGAGAAUAAGACAGAAGAAAUGGAGUCGGAGCUUAUCCGCUACCAUACGAACGCCAUGCAGGAACUCCGUCAAGUAUUAAUCCAUAGAGAAACGGAUGGCUUCGCAAGUCAUCCCGAGCAGAGAGUUGAAUUCCUCACUUGCGGGACCUUUCUCAUCAGCUUCGAAAUUUUUCAAGGAGGAACAUCUAAGUGGGAGCCACACCUCAAUGCCCUGGUGUCAGUGGCUAGUCAAAUUCGUCCGAAUGACGAUGGCUCACUCUCUUUUCAGUCGCCUAAACUCGAACCAGGCUUGCAGAGGAUGGUCGAUGCUGCCAUGAGGUUUCACAUGGCACAGCUAUUGUGGUUCGAGAUGGUGGCUUGUGUCGCAACUGGCAAAGCACCCAAGCUGCCAUAUCAAACCUGGUUGGCACUAGAUGACCUGGAUAUGUCGUGUGUCAUGGGUUGUCAAAAUUGGGCUAUGCUUGCUCUUGGCGACGUUGCACUAUUAGAAACACAGCUAGCGGAAAUGAGCUCUAGUCUGGCAAGGAAGCGAUCGUAUGAUCUGAGGCAGAGACUGCGUGCAGGGAUAGAUGGUUUAAGAAACACAAACGAUGAGGUUUGUAAGCUCCUGAGGAUACCACUGAAACGCACUGACAAGUCCCAGGCUUCGGCGCCGAUGACAUGUCAAGCAGUAACCCGGGUCUUUGCAACAGCUACCCUUUCACAACUGCGGGCCUUCACGGCAAUUGAUUUUGAAUACCAUGAAGAGGUGCAUGAGGCUGUGGCGGAGGUAAUCAGUGCAUUAAAGGAGAUGCCAAAGGGGGCAUCUCUCAGAGGCUUGACAUGGCCAAUGUGCGUCGCCGGUGCAAUAGCUCGACAAGAUCAACAAGAUUUCUUCGAGAGGAUACUUACAGCUAAUCUCGAAACAUCGGGCACGAGCUUCACGAAUUUUGGAACGGUGCUUCUGAUUCUCAGAGAAAGCUGGGAACACCGAGACGACUUUGGCAACGACAGGAAUGCGACUAGAAGUGCGAUGAGAAGGUUGGGGAUCAGUGCACUUUUGGUUUGA